AUGUCGAUACCAAACACCUCAAUGGGAACGACGUGGUGUGGGGAAAUCCCCGUGGAAUUGGAAACUCGCAAGUUCCAUACCCGGGUUGACGAGGGAGGCAUUACGGAUUUCGUGGGUGGAUGGAAUGAUGAGACGAAUGCGGCGUGGGAUACGAUUCUCGAUGAGGGAUUGAUUAAACUGACCGAAGACCAAGCCAGGAGGCUGCUCUACAAUACAAGGAACCCGCAGGAUCCUUCGACCUGCGCCGGGGCAUUGGAGGUGUUUCUUCUGCUACACUGUUUUGUAUUUUUGUUUCUGUCUCUCGUUCCCUCGGUGUAUUUUGCUGAUGGGAUCUGGUACCGGCACCAGGAAAACUCCUCACGCAUGCAUGUUGGUCUCUCGACCCUGAGCGGAUUACCUGAGACUCUAGAUCACUGCUUCGACUAUCUGCGCCAGAACAUUAUGUGCUGGUCGGAUACCACCAUCUCGUCGCUGGCCUGA